UACAGACAAUAAAUCUCCAACGGUCCGAAGUCAGAAAAACGUCAACUCCGUUACUCUCAUAACGGUCACAUUUACCAUCUUCACUACACAACCCUUCUUUCUCUCUUUCUGUCUCACCUCUCUCUGAUCAUCAAUGGAACCCGCGAAAAUCGAUUGGAAGAAUCUAGAAUGGAACUUCGCUGUAGACGAACUCUACGAACACCUCAACGCACCCAAAUACGUCGAUUUCUUGUCCCUCAAUCAUAACAUCAACAACAACGAUGAUGAAGCUUGGUUUUGCAAACCUGAUUGCAAUCACCCUAAAACAGCAGAGGAUUUUCUCAGAUCACCUAGCCCUUUCAAGGCUAGUAGAAGUCCAUUUUAUUUCUCAGAAAAUUUUCCAAGUAGUGACAAAAGUAAAAGAGAUAUGAAACUCAAGAGAAGGGUGCCACCUAUUUCAUCAUCUUCUCCUCAAGAUGAUAAAUUCAGAUUCAACAUAGAUAGCGAAAACCAAAACCCGAAUUUGGUUACUCCUCAAUUCAAGUUGACGAAGGCUUUGAUCAAGUCAAGUGAUGAGAAGAAGAAACCAGUUGAUGAAACAUUGCAGGAAAACAAUGCGGCGGUACCUUCAUUGAAAUCAACUCUUUCUGCGAAGAACUUGUUUUCGAAACGGCCUAUUUUGAAUCAAAUCACAGAAUUCUGCAAUGAAUUGAAGAGAAUGGCAAUAAGAGCUAGGGAGAGAGAAAAUACUGAAAAUACUGAAAAUUUGAACCCAAUAGAAAUUAAAGAAGAAGUUGUUAUGCAUGAGAAGACUCCGCCGGUUAAAGCUUUGGCCGAAAGGAAACCACUGCUUGAAAUGGAUAAGGCUGAAAGAUUGGAGGGGACGUGUGUUAAAGGAAAGUUAAACCGAAAGAAAAGACCCGAUGAGGCAGAAAACAUGCCUAUAACUCUUGACAUGGAGAAUGUAAGACACAAGAGGGAGAAUGUUUUACAACAGAUUCGAACAAAUCCUCCUUCUCCUCAGUGCUUCUCCGCAGGACUCACUAAACCUAACCCUUCAAAGUGUUCCAAAUCCCGGCUCAUGCUUAUUAUGCAGGAGAGAGGAAUACUUGAAGAAGUUGAGCAAAACAAGGGAGUUGCGAAGGACUCGUUAGCACACAACAACAGCAAAAGUAUUACAGUAAAUGAUGGAAGAGAAACCAAGGCCUUGGACAUGUUUUGGUUCUUCAAGCCUUGCACAGCAAUGUCAAGCUGAAUUUCACUUGAAAAUUUGAAAUUAAUCUGGCUCAAAAGUGAUUAUAAAUUUCAUUCAUUCUUUCAUUUGUUGUACUAUAUAAGAAUUUGAAACUGUUGAUUCAUUACACUUGUACUGAACCUGAAAUCUGUCAAUAAAUUGUCACUUACAUUUGCAUUGAGGAGUUUUUUACUUUGUUGAAAAAAGCCAAAUUGCAAUUUGCAGGCAAACACUUGCUCCAUCGAAACAUCUUUGUUAUUGAAGACUAUCUUUUCUUGCUUUCCAUAUAUUUCAAAUGCAACUAAACCAC